AUAAAUGGAGCAGGAGGAGGAGAUAUAAAAGUUUAUCUUCAUUUCCUGAACCUCAAUUUUCAUUCACUCAGCUGAGAGACUAUGGAUGCCAACACCCAAACCUUAGAACACCCAGAAGCCAAAACGCAUCCAGAAGAGCAAAACCAACUCGCCAUUGUGUCUUCAAAUCCUCCUCUUCCCACUGCCUCAAUCUCUCUUUCUCUCUCUACCCUUCUUCCUACCCACUUCCUCCUCCCACCCAAGAUCUCUUCCCUUCUUUCCUCUCAUCCAAAGGUCAGGAUUCCCUCACAAAUCUCAUCUCUCUCACACCUCUCUCUCUCCUCCUCCCUCUGUCCCCCCAAACCCUUCUUCAAAUCCACCAUCUCCGCAAACCCCCUCCAAAACCCUCUCUCUUUAAACCCUCGCCGCCCUUCCGACCCCUCCAAUGCCGCCGGUGUUCGUCGAGCUUCCAUCGUUUGGUUCCGCAACGACCUCCGAGUUCACGACAACGAGUGCCUCAACUCGGCUACCAAUGAGUCUAUGUCAGUCCUGCCCCUGUACUGCUUCGACCCCAGAGACUACGGUAAAUCGUCUUCCGGGUUCGACAAGACCGGGCCGUACCGUGCCACAUUCUUGAUUGAAUCGGUGUCGGACCUUAGGAAGAACCUUCAGGCCAGAGGGUCUGAUCUUGUGGUCAGGAUUGGGAAGCCCGAGACCGUUUUGGUUGAAUUGGCCAAGGCAAUUGGAGCAGACGCUGUGUAUGCUCACAGAGAGGUAUCGCAUGAUGAGGUUAAGGCCGAGGAGAAGAUUGAGCAGGCUAUGAAAGACGAAAGCGUCGAAGUGAAGUAUUUCUGGGGAAGCACUUUGUUUCAUGUUGAUGAUUUGCCGUUCAAGUUGGAGGAAAUGCCCUCAAAUUAUGGUGGGUUUAGAGAAAAAGUGCAGGUUUUGGAGAUUAGGAAGACAAUGGCAGCGUUGGAUCAAUUGAGAGGGUUACCGACAAGAGGAGAUGUGGAGCCGGGGGAGAUUCCAUCUUUGGGGGACCUGGGUCUUAACCCAUCUGCAACGAUGGGUCAGACUGCUAAUGCUUCACUGGUGGGAGGUGAAACUGAAGCAUUGCAGAGGCUUACAAAAUUUGCGGCUGAAUGCCAAUCUCAAACAAACAAGGGGACCAAUAAUGGCAACAAUGAUAGCAUAUAUGGUGCAAACUUUUCUUGCAAAAUCUCGCCAUGGCUUGCUAUGGGAUGUCUCUCUCCCCGUUCCAUGUUUGAUGAGCUGAAGAAUUGUGCUUCCAGAACGAUUUCUGCUGCCUCGAAGCGGAAGGAUGGUGGUAAUGGCCCAUCUGGUACUGGAACGAACUGGUUGAUGUAUGAGUUGUUAUGGAGGGAUUUCUUCAGAUUCAUCACGAAGAAAUACAGUUCUGCAAAACAACAUAAUGUUGCUCCAGUCACUGCUUGUACGGGUGCUGUUGCUUAAGCAAGAACUUAAAUUAGAGUUGAAAGGGAAUAUUCAGUUCUCUGUCAUUUUGUAACCUGUAGCUUUAUGUUAGAGAAAAAUUAUUCAAAAGUGAGGUCUUCCUUGUUGGUCUGGUUUCUGGCUGCCAAAAUACAUGUUGUAAGCUUUAUCUUAUUCCAGAGAUUGCUGGGUUAAAUCUUUUACAGCUUGGAAUUUAACUGCCCCCUUUUGGUGAGGAAAUAUGCUCUUGAUCGCUGGUCAAAUCUGCUUUUUCAUGAUGUAUUAGCUAUCUCAAUAAAUAUGCUCUAUACUUCUUCUGCCAUGUAUCAAAAGUUUACACUACAAGUGGUUAUCCAUUUUGUCAGCCGUGAAUUUCUCGAGUCCCAAACAAAGUGCCAUAUAUGUGUAUAGAUUCUUGUCAUUGUGAACUUGGAAAUGUCACUCCAUCAAGACUGCGCUUCUUCUUUUCUUCA